AUGCGAAGUAUAUAUGAGGUAAUAAACACGUCACAUACAUAUGAUGAUGCUGAAGGAUGGAUCUCAUCAUCGCUCUAUAAUGAACUCUACUCAUACAUUGCAGCUCGUGAUAGUAAUAAUCGUCACAUAAAAAACAGAUUUAAUAUCAAUAAUGGAAUGGUAACAAAUCUCCCAUUAAGUUAUGAUUACAUUAACACUAUAAAAAAUGAUAAUAAAAAAAAGUAUCCUUAUUCAUCGUGGAAAUGCUCUAAAACAUCAAAUGCCGCCUCUGAACAUGGUGAUGAAUAUUGUAUUUUAACAAAUAUUUAUUAUCAAUCAUCUACUAAUCAAUAUUAUUUUUUUCGAAAUUCAUCUGAAACAAAUAAAGAAAUGCGAAGAGAUACAUUUACGACUUCUUACGGUGAUUUUAACUUAAAUUUAACUGAUAAUAUUACAAUUAUAAAAAGUCUCAAUCUUUCAGCUAUUUUGACACGAUCAGUUUUAAUUACUCACUCACCAGAUCUGAAUUAUGCUCAUGGUUUUCUUGAAUCAUGUGGUCCUCGUUUUUGGGUAUUAGCUGAAUGCCAAUCACAUCCAUCUUAUGUCGAUCCAACUAAAAUUCAGAUCUAUUAUUCAUCAAAAAUGUUUGAUCUUUUCCCAGGAAAUUGGAAUAAUUAUCUUCGACAAUCUGAUGGAACUUAUCUACCAAAAACAACAUGGGAACAAAUGAUUCAAUCGAUGUUUUCUAUUUAUCCGUUAUUAUUGCAUACAUCAUUCAAUGGUACAACAGUUAUGUUUCAGCAUAUGCUAGUCACAGGCGGGAGCAGAACUCGAACUUCAGUUUGGGGUCAUCACUACGACUCUAGACCAAUGAAAUCAUAUCCAUUUCCAACAAUCAAUUAUCGUCGAGCUUAUUUAGCUUAUUCUGAAUGGAUAUUGAAUAAUUUCAAACUUAAAUCAAAAUUUCAAUUAACAUCAAUUCAACAAGAAUUACAACAUAAAAAAAUAUCUGAACAAGUUCCUAUUUGUGAUCAAACAUGUACUAUUCAACAACAAAUAAAUCAUUCAUUCAUCAAAUGA